UGCUCACUCACAGCGUGCCCGGGACGAGGCGCUGGUCCCGGCGUGGCUGCGAUGGCAACCUCCGUCAGACAGCCGCACUGCCUUAAGGUGCUCCAUCCGGGCUCCUCCACCUCAGACCUCCAGUAGACCGAGGACAGGACGAGGAUGACGCGGAUGCACAGGAGACGUGGUGGUCCUGUCAACUUGGACCAGGACUUUUCUUCUUACUGAUUCAUCUUCACGCCAUCUUCAUCCGCCAUGUUUGUUCCGUCCCUGGUCCUGUGGACAUUGGUGGUUGAGAUCUCAUCCCAGGUUUCCACGACAUCUAACCGGGCGGACCCGCCCCUCCUGUCCCCUCGCUACUAUCAGUACAUAGACCCAGACUCGGGUACCCGGCUGGUCUGCGACAAGUGCCCGGCAGGCACUCAUGUGUCUGCCCACUGUUCCUCCACGUCCGUUAGGGAGUGCGCCCCGUGCCCUGCGGGUAGCUUCACACGCGGCGAAAACGGUGUGGUCCAAUGCCAUCGCUGCCAGGCUCCAUGUCCUGCAGGCCUCGUUGAGGAAGUACCCUGCACUGCCACCCGGGACCGUAUGUGCACAUGCCCGUCUGGCAGAUUCUUAUCAGGGGAAGGCGGCACAGAGUGUACGCCCCACUCCAUGUGCCCGCCAGGGACAAGGGUGAGAAAGCGGGGUAGUGGCACAGAAGAUGUUCUUUGCAAGCCGUGCACCAAAGGAACUUUCUCCCAUGUGGAAUCGAGAGCCUUCAAGUGCCAAGCCCACACGGACUGCCAAGCCCAGGGUCUGAUGCUGCUCACAGUGGGAACCAGAGAAACUGAUAACGUCUGCGGACCGCCGACCACAGCCCCCUCAUCUUCCGUUCCACAUGGACAACAUUUAGCAACAACGCUGAAAGAUCACAAAGGCUUCAACAGCCGGUCAGCAGCCAUUCAACAAAUGAAAAACGAAGAUGGGAAACCAGAGAGAACACAUCUAAGUCAAGAUAUCCGCACCAUUCCCCCAACUCAGCAGCCCUCUCCGACUUUACCUUCCACAGCUCGCAGACAACUGGUGGCUGUCACACACCGGUGGGACCAACCAAAUGCUGACCCUUUGCAUGGUCCUCACAAGAAGACAGUAGAAGUUUUAGAGGGUUCAGAAGUCAGGGUAGGUAAGGGGUUCAGUAAGAUCGCUGUGCGGUUUAACAGAGACGGCGGAGGCUGGGUUUCCAACUACAACAGGUCCACUCGGAGAGGUUCCCCCCGGCCGAGCACCCACGAUAACUUUGACAUCAACGAGCACCUGCCCUGGAUGAUCGUCUUGCUGCUUCUGCUCGUACUGGUGGUGAUUGUGACGUGCAGUGUCACUCAGAGCUCCCGUGUGCUGGAGAAAGGCCCGGUGCAGGACCCCAGCAGUAUCAUGGAGAAGGGACUUCGCAAGAAACCGCCAGUGCCCCCUGUGCAGGUCAAAGACAAAUGGAUGUACUACUCCAAUGGACAAGGGGUGGACAUCCUGAAACUGGUCGCCGCUCAGGUUGGUCCUCAGUGGAUUGACAUCUACCAGUUGCUGGCCAACGCCACUGAACGUGAAGUGGCUGCCUUCUCCAACGGCUACUCGGCAGAUCACGAGCGGGCGUAUGCCGCGCUGCAGCACUGGACCAUUCGCGACGGUGAUGCCAAUCUGGCCAAGCUGAUCAACGCCUUGCAUCGGCAUCGCCGAAUUGACGUGGUAGAGAAGAUCCGGCUGGUCAUGGAGGACAACCCACAGUUUGACCUCAAGCAGCUCAUGACUUCAGCCAAUGGAAGCCAAAGCCUCAGUCCAAUCCACAAACAGCCUUUACAGUCUCCCGCCAGCAGUGCGCUGGAGCAGUCACCUGGCAGCAGUGCUGCAGGUGCGCUGGAGCAGUCACCCGGCAGCAGUGCUGCAGGUGCGCUGGAGCAGUCACCCGGCAGCAGUGCUGCAGGUGCGCUGGAGCAGUCACCCGGCAGCAGUGCUGCAGGUGCGCUGGAGCAGUCACCCGGCAGCAGUGCUGCAGGUGCGGUGGAGCAGUCACCUGUGGACCGGACCAAAAGUUUCUUCCACGACGAGUCGGAGCCGCUACUCCGCUGCGACUCCACCUCCAGCAAGGACUCGGCCCUCAGCAGGAACGGCUCCUUCAUCACCAAAGAGAAGAAAGACACUGUGCUUCGACAAGUUCGCCUUGACCCUUGCGACCUCCAGCCCAUCUUUGACGACAUGCUGCACAUUCUCAACCCUGACGAGCUGCACAUCAUCGAGCGCAUCCCUGCCGCCGAGGACAGGCUGGACCAGCUUUUUGAGAUCGCCGGCAUCAAGAGUCAGGAGGCCAGUCAGACCCUGUUGGACUCGGUCUACAGCCACCUUCCUGACCUUUUGUAGAGGCGUGCCCAAACUCAGACGCUUGGAAACAUGAUCUACUUCCUGCAAUGAUCUUUACUCUCCGCUUCUUCGCCUUCUCCUUAUCAUUAUUCCUUCAGCCAGCAUGAGCCAGGGUCCAAUCCAAAUGUUCAAAAAAGGCUUUGUCUCCACCAAAUGUACGGACUACACACCCAUUGUUGGUAUAGAGCAGGGGUGUCCAAACCUCUUGACUUGGGGGCCACAUUGGGCUAAAAAAAUGGGCCGAAAGCAUGUAAAGUAACAAUGAAUAAAUUAAUUAAUGACUAUAUAUAUAUUUGUAUGUAUGUAUAAAUAUACAUACACACACACAUAUAUAGACAUACAUACACAUGUAUACAUAUACACAUAUAGUGUAUAUGCAAAUACACUCACAUAU